AUGCAAUUCCUUUUUAAGUCGGUUUUAUUACGUGGCGGAACGCGGCCGAGGCCGUUUAAAAAGAAUCCUUUCUUUGCUUUAGCUAUUGCUAUUGCUGCAGUUGCGGCGGCUGCGGCGGCUAUAUUACGCAUUCUUACUUUCGAAGCUUCGCUUUUUCUUUUAGAUCUUUUUAUUAAGCGCUUGCUUAUAUUAACGACCGUUAAAGCCUUAAAGUGCAUUAAAUGCAUUAAUAAUAAGAUCAUAUCGAGGUUUAAUAAAGACUAUUAUAAUUGCGAUACGAGCGUUAUUCGCUGUCUUCGGUGUGCUAAAAGUAGCUAUAGCAAUUGCACCGCUGCUUUUGCCGCUGCUAAUACCGCUUUCGAUAAUUUCCUCGCUUUAGAUGCUGCCCUUUUAAGAAGUGCUGCUAGUAGUCCGAGCGGUUUAGCGAAUGGAAGUAGAGGUUUUAAAAGUAGUCCCGAUGGCCUUGCAGGUUUUGCUUUUGCUCUUAAGACUUUUAAUUUGAAUAUAGCCUUUAUUAAAUUGAAUAGUUUUAUAGCAGUAAAUCGUAGUCCGGUAACGCGAAGCGCUUCGGGCAUAUCACUUUUUCCUCUUGCGCUUGCGCUAGCCGCCCUUAUUGCUCUCGUCGCUUCCGCAGCUUCCGUCGCACUUAUUAUCGUCGCUCUUUUUGCGUUAAUCGUUGCGCUAGCCGCUUUUACGGCGGCGCCCGCCGUUGCUAUAACUCUUGCGAAGCGCCGAGCUAAAUAUAUGCGUGCUAUUAAAGCUUCUCGAUUAACGCGCGAGCGUCUUAUAAAUUUAAAAGCUUAA